AUGCCGAGACUCCCUGCAGAUUGUCUUUCUAUAAUAUUUAGCCAUUUUUAUAAUGACUUAACAACUCUUUAUUCUUGUCUUUUAGUAAACACUUUAUGGUGUGCAACUAUAAUUCCGAUAUUAUGGUCAAAUCCUUGGAAAUAUCUUUAUGAAUUACUUCCAAAUGGGUAUUUAUCAACUGAUCAUAAACGAUCGACUCAAGUGGAAAUUCAAUCCUUGCUACUUUUAAGGACUCUCUCUGCCUGUUUCUCUGAUGAUUCUAAACAAUUUUUACGUAAUUACGGUAUUCGUAUCAAUCUUGGGCCACCUCUUUUCAAUUAUGCAAAAUAUUGUAGAUCCUUGAAUACUUACGAUAUAGAUUAUAUGUUAAGAAAGGCUCAGAGAAAUCAUCUUUGCUUUUAUACUCAAGAUACGAGAGACUUUGUAGGAUUGGAAAUUUAUAAAUUAUUAUUUCGUCAGAGCUCUAUAAUAACUUGCUUAGAUAUUUCACAUCAACUAUCUCCUAUAUAUUCUCAAAUUUGGCUGUUUCCUGGUGCUUCUUCUUGCUUUUCAACUUUAAAGGAAUUAUAUUGUUACGAACCAUAUGCGAUCGAUUUAAAUCUACUUUGCUGUAUUGCUGAUGUUUCAACUAAUAUCAGGAAAUUAUCUAUUAAUAGUAAGAUAUAUAUACAUCAUGAUGAAGGAUUGAUCGAUCUAAUUUCGAAUCAAGAUGACCUUGAUUCUUUAAGUCUAACAAACAUUUCUAGUAGAUUAUGGUUAAAAGUUGCUGAUGCUUUCAUUUCUGGAUAUGCGAUCUCUUUAACUCAUCUUUAUUUGAUGUCAUUUGAUACUUGCUUUCCUGUGUUUGGUAUUUCUGAAUUACAAAAUUUACAAUCUUUGAUUAUAACUUGUCAUGAAAUCGACUGGUCUGGUAUAGCAAAUGCUUGUUUUCCGUUUCUGGAAAUUUUAGAAUUCGGAAGAUAUUUUCCUUCAAUGAUAAUCUUGGCUUCAAUAAUUUCUAGAACAAACAAGAUGCUUAAAAGGAUUUAUAUAAGCAAUUAUCCAUGCGUAGAUCCAGAGAAUUCUACCAUGUUUUUUCGUGCUAUCAUUGAUUUUUGUCCAAACCUUAG